AAGUAUUCUUAAAAAAAUUACCAACACCACAUACGAAACAAGACUACAACCAUCAAAGGACUACUAUACGAUCGUUCGUCCGAGUUCGAUUAUUUUGAAAUCAAAAGAAUUCAGAAAAUAGCGCAAAUUAUUUUCAUGUAUAUAUUCUAUUUAAUUUCUGUCACUAGAAUUCGGAAAAAAAAAUAGCGCAAAUUAUUUCGGACAUGCUUUACGUCCAAACUUUCUAGAAUUAGCUCAAUAAGGUUUUUAAUAAGUUAUUAUAUAAAAAAAAGGAUGUUCUUAUUGAGUUUUACCCAAAUAAGAGAAAAAGAUGGUUUUGAAAUACUCUAUGUUUAGUAUUAGAUUUGCGUAUUAAUUGUUUAUAUAAAAGUAUAAUAUGAGUUGAAUUUGAAAUAUGGAUUUUAAUGGGAUACAAAUGAAUACAAAUUAUAUUUUCUAAAAUUAUCAAACGAUUUCUAGUAUGUGAACUACGGUUCACAAGGUUCCACAGGGUUAACCAGUACCCCUCCAUUGCCGUACGUACGAGCUCGUCACAAUGGACUCGUCUUGUACCCAAAGUACUUGAAGUCCCAGAAAGAGAUAAUGGACUCGUCUUGUACCCAAAGUACUUGAAGUCCCAGAAAGAGAUAAUGGACUCGUCUUGUACCCGAAGUACUUGAAGUCCUAGUUAAACAAAGAGUAAAAGAAAAGUUGAUUUUCUUGAUACUACAGUUUUAUACAAUAAUAUGUUUAUAUUAUCAAAGCAAAGAAUUUUGAGAAAAGUAUAUGUUUACGCUAUUAUAUUUCGUACCUAUUGUUAUAAUUGGUACCACUCAGCUUUUUGCUAAUCGGGUUGGCUCCAUUUUUUUAGGUACACAAACAAAAUAGUGACCGAACCGGAGGACAAUGCUAAGGCAAUGAAAGGAUGGACGAGAUGACAUAAAGAACGAUAACAAUAAUAAAGAUGUUAUUUUUGAAAUGAAUAUUUUGUACGAAUAUGUUAAGCUUCCGCAUGUAUAAUAGUUACUCUGAUAUUAUCAAUAAAUAAAUAAGUUUUGUUUAAUGCUCCAUUUUCCGAUUCAAAAAGCUGCGUAUUGUUUCCAAAUGCUCCAAGCAAUUACUGCCGGAAGUACCAAUUUCAAGUUUCCAGAAAGUGUUAUGGAUUCAGAGCUGAAGUGCCACUCUAGUAGAUGUUGCUUGAUGCUGAUCCUUGGUUUGAUGCGUGGACCCCCUAAAUCGCAGCUUCAGGAAUCUUCAAAUCGCCAACGAGAUACAAAGGGUUACCAUCAAUCGUUUUCUCUGAAGACGAAAUUCAGGGCUUCUAAACCCCUGCAACAAGACACCAAAUUUGAACAGCAGCUUACAACAGAUCCCAAGGAAGCUUUUAGCGAUGUUGAUAUGGUGAUAAAUCUGGAUACACAUCAAGCAACCGACCCCAGGGUGGCACUUCCAAUAGUCACUCCUGCACCAACAGACAUUUCCACUUCUCCUCAUGUUACUGCUCUCAGGCAGUACCCAUCAGAUUCUGUGGAUGGCUUAAAACAGGUAGAUGAGCAACCAGAAGCUAAGGAUAUCACAAACUGUUUUGACUUCAACACUACAAAAGACACCAAGGAUGAGCACUUAUUGGGUUCUGUGAGAGCCCAAUAUGAAAUGGAAAAUCAGACUAAGGAAGCAGAUUUGGAAUAUACACAAGAACAAUCAAUUGAGGAAAGCAUGGAUGGUAAGACUGCACAAAAUGCUAACUAUGUAGAAAAUACAAUCAACUUGGAUGAAUUUCCAGUACUCACAAGACAGAACAUGGAAGAGGAUGUACACAAUCCAAAUGUGGAGGCGGUUGUACACACUCCAACCGAGAUGGAGAAAGAUGACACAACAGGGAAUGGGGAGGCGGUUGUACACACUCCAACCGAGAUGGAGAAGGAUGACACUCUUACUCUGAUGGCUGAAGAUACAACAAAGGAAAACACAACACCAAACAAUUCAGAUGUUAACCCUGUCAACAUUGGACCGAUCCUCCACUCUUUUGAGCAUGAAGGGCAACAUUAUGAAAUUAGGUCUUACAUGGAGGAAGGACAAACGUCAAACCACAAUGAUGAAAACCUCACAGCUCAUGACUUCCAAGAAGUCCAGAAUAGAAGAGGUAAAAAGAAGCAAGUUAUGCCAAGGACCAUUAAAACAAGAGGCUAUGAUCCUAAUCUCGAAGUCGGGAUUGUGAGCGAGAUCACGAGAUACUGCCCAGUCGCAAAUCUACUACUAUGGAGAAAAUAGUUACUACCAAAAGUUACUCUGGACCCUUUUGGUAUGUUGGUCCCGUUGGUCCAAUAUGCACUGAUGGGAAAAGACCAAAGAAAAUAAUGCCUAGAAAUCUCUCUCUCGAUCAACACCCGGGUUUUAUAAUCUGGGAAUGAUCUUUCUCAUGCUGAUUCCAUUCACUUCCCUUUUAUUUUCCAGUCGUCUUUUCAUUUCAUGCAAUUUUAGAGGGGCAUUGGCCUAGUCCUCCCUUCUUUGUACUCUUCUUUAUUUUGCAUUUUAAUAAAAUAUCUUAUAGGAU